CGGUAACGCUCUGCGUCUGCGCGCAGUUCAUUCAAAGAAGUGAAGAGUCCGAGAGCCCAAGAAACCGCAUCCAGUGCAGUGCUCAAGAGGGUAACUCACAAAAACCCUAGAAGGCAGUGACCGAAAACUAUUGUGAGCCGAAGUCAGUGUUUUUUAAUGUUCAAUAAAAGCUGCUAAAGAAACGUUUAAGCUUAAUAGCACUCAAGUUUUUAUCGUCUUCGAGCCAUUGAGCAAUUCUCCCGGAGGCAUUUUCGUUAAGGAAUAAACACUUAAUUCAAUAUUUAAAACAUAAAAGGAAACCAGACACCAAACCACUGGACUCUACGAUCCCUACCAACAUGUCCGCCAGCCCCUCAUCCUGCGAUUGCUUGGUGGGCGUGCCCACCGGACCCACCCUCGCCUCCACCUGCGGCGGCAGCGCCUUUAUGCUGUUCAUGGGACUGCUGGAGGUGUUCAUCCGCUCGCAGUGCGAUCUGGAGGAUCCCUGCGGCCGGGCCAGCUCUCGGUUUCGAUCGGAGCCGGACUACGAGUACGAUUUCAUUGUCAUUGGCGGCGGCUCAGCGGGCUCCGUGGUUGCCUCUCGACUCUCCGAGGUGCCGCAAUGGAAGGUGCUGCUGAUCGAAGCCGGUGGCGACGAGCCUGUGGGCGCCCAGAUUCCCUCGAUGUUCCUCAACUUCAUCGGCAGCGACAUCGACUACCGCUACAACACGGAGCCGGAGCGGAUGGCCUGCCUGUCCUCGAUGGAGCAGCGCUGCUACUGGCCACGCGGCAAGGUGCUCGGCGGCACCUCGGUGAUGAACGGCAUGAUGUACAUCCGGGGCAACCGCGAGGAUUACGACGAGUGGGCGGCCCAGGGCAACCCGGGCUGGGCCUACAACGACGUGCUGCCGUUCUUCAAGAAGUCGGAGGACAACCUGGAGCUGGACGACGUGGGCACCGAGUUCCACGCCAAGGGCGGCCCGAUGCCCGUGGGCAAAUUCCCGUACAACCCGCCGCUGUCCUACGCCAUCCUGAAGGCCGGCGAGGAGCUGGGCUUCUCCGUGCAGGACCUCAAUGGCCAGAACUCCACCGGCUUCAUGAUUGCCCAGAUGACGGCCCGCAACGGCAUCCGGUACAGCUCGGCCAGGGCCUUCCUGCGCCCGGCCCGCAUGCGCAACAACCUGCACAUCCUGCUGAACACCACGGCCACCAAGAUCCUCAUCCACCCGCACACCAAGAACGUGCUGGGGGUGGAGGUCAGCGACCAGUUCGGCAGCAUGCGCAAGAUCCUCGUGAAGAAGGAGGUGGUCCUGAGUGCCGGAGCCGUCAACUCGCCCCAGAUCCUGCUGCUGAGCGGGGUGGGUCCCAAGGACGAGCUGCAGCAGGUGAACGUCCGGACGGUGCACCACCUGCCGGGCGUGGGCAAGAACCUGCACAACCACGUGGCCUACUUCACCAACUUCUUCAUCGACGACGCGGACACGGCGCCGCUCAACUGGGCCACGGCCAUGGAGUACCUGCUCUUCCGGGACGGCCUCAUGUCCGGCACCGGCAUCUCGGACGUCACCGGCAAGCUGGCCACCCGCUGGGCCGACCGGCCGGACCUGCCCGACCUGCAGCUCUACUUUGGCGGCUACCUGGCCAGCUGCGCCCGCACGGGCCAGGUGGGCGAGCUGCUCUCGAACAACUCCCGGGCCAUCCAGAUCUUCCCGGCGGUGCUGAGUCCCCGGUCGCGGGGCUUCAUCGGCCUGCGCUCCGCCGACCCCCUGGAACCGCCGCGCAUCGUGGCCAACUACCUGACCGAGGAGCGCGACGUGAAGACCCUGGUGGAGGGCAUCAAGUUCGCCAUCCGUCUGUCGCAGACCUCGCCGCUGAAGCAGUACGGCAUGCGGCUGGACAAGACGGUGGUCAAGGGCUGCGAGGCGCCCGCCUUCGGCAGCGACGCCUACUGGGAGUGCGCCGUGCGGCAGAACACGGGUCCGGAGAACCACCAGGCGGGCUCCUGCAAGAUGGGCCCCAGCCAGGACCCCCUGGCCGUGGUCAACCACGAGCUGCGGGUGCACGGCAUCCGCGGCCUGCGCGUGAUGGACACCAGCAUCAUGCCCAAGGUCACGGCCGGCAACACCCACGCCCCGGCCGUGAUGAUCGCCGAGAAGGGCGCCUACCUGCUGAAGCGGGCCUGGGGCGCCAAGGUCUGACGUGUGGAUGCGACGUGGACGUUGCAUAGAGUAAUUUGAGCCCCAGAGCCCCAGCGAAAUUACUGCGAGUAAAAUUUAAGCGAAAUUACACUUAAGGCCCCCCAUAUCCAAAUCCAAAUUCAACCUUUUCUAUUGCCAAUCUAAUCUAAUAUGGUAUUGUAUAAUCCAAUCCGAAGGCUUCUCACUCUAGGCACUCCGCGUUGCGCAAUCUCCACUAAAGUUCUGCAUAAGCUAACUGUUACAAGUAACUACUUUGACCCACUGAAUAUACAUAAAGUCGAACUUCUUUAACUGCACAUCAAACUACAAUCCACAACUAAAACUCGAUUAAAUUUACAAAAUGAAUGUAGCUUGAUUUGAUAAUUAUUCGAUUAUUAUCGUUGUUCAAUUACUUCAAAAAUUCGCCCAUAUAAAGCUUUAAUUGAGUUACAAAACGUUUGGCACACUUUGAGUUGGAUAAGUUUGACUACAUAGAUUUUGUUUAAUGUUCGCUUUGUAAUGAACGUUAAGUUGACCAAUUAAAAGCUACACUUAACCGACGCAGCUUAUGGGGACCCAUUGAACAGGUAAAUUUGGCGUGUCGUUCGUGGGUCAUUUAAACAACCCAAAACCUAAACUAUGUUAUUCUUGUGACCCAUUGAAAAUGUAAACUUCGUUUAUCGUUCACUUUGGUGUCCUAUAUUUCUGUAUACGCGUAUAUGGCAUGUAUUUAUUGUUCGAUUAAAGUGCAACAAUUUAGUUUAAA